AUGGGCUGGGAUCGUGUCAUCCAGGACUCUGACGAGGAUGAGCCCAUCGAGGGGGAUGAUCUUCCUCGACCUACUGCCCCUCCCAAACACCUAGAGCCCGCAGUCCAGCAAUAUCAUGACCACGUCCCCGCCGAAGACACGACCCACAGCGCAAACGAGCACGGCUUUGCGCCUGAGGAAAGCACAUUCCCACAGCUAAGCGUCAACUUCGAUGAAUUCCUGCAAUCACAGGAAAGAAACCAUGCGGGGCAAUCAUCGUCGCAGCAACGGCGCGAGGAGCGGUGGAUUCCAAACACUGAAGGCGCAAGCGGGUCGGCUGGCGGCUCAGGCACCAUGAUGAGCGAAAUUGGGCUUGCCCAGAGAAGGCUACUCGACGACAAUGCUUCCGUUGUUGGCCAACAAGUCCCAUCUGCCGGGGUAUCAUAUUCAGCCGAUUCUAUCCAGUCUGCGCCAUUUCCCACAAUCCCCAGUUCCCACUCCUAUCAAAUGGGCCCGCCGGAUGGUGAACAUUUCCCGUACUACCAGACAUCCUACGAUGCUUACACCAAUGGAAACCAGGCUCUGCCGCUCAAUCGAAUGACUGUGUAUGAGUCAAAUCCUCAAAAUGCUACUAACGGUAUCGCUCCAUUCCCGGACGGCGUUUCCCCCCAACCCACAGAACCUUGGGUGCAAUAUCAAGCUGCAGAGUUGAAUCCACCCCAACCAGUCUCACAGCCUCGAUCACAGCAGCCAUUUCCAUAUUCCCCACACGACACUGAGCCGAUAUCAUCUGUAGCUUCAGUGCAACCGAGUGAGCCAAAAUCUAUCUCUCUCGGAACGAAUAUCAUUUCCCAACAACAAUCUCAGACGAGCGCACACGAUGAACUUGCAUUGCCGGCCCCGACAGUCGCACAGCCACCCGCGGUUGUAGAGCCACCCGCAAAGAAAAAGCGAGGGCGGCCAAAGAAACAGUCUUUACCAAUCAAUGAUGAAGACGAUGAGCUUGCCAACUCUCGGGAUCAUGAAUUCAAAAAUCCUGGCGCAAAUGGUGCGAUUGAUCCAUCCGAUAGUGAAGAUACUACGGAGAAUGACACCCCGGCCUCAAGUGGAGUCUCCGACGAGUCUGACGAAGAAGAUAUAGGAACCAAUAACCCCGGGAAAGAGGUCAAGGAACCGAAAAAGAAGAGGGCGAAGAAAGCGAAGACAGCACCUGCGCCAAUCCCAGAUUCCGACGACGACGACAAUGUUAUAUGGAUUGAUACAAAGCCCAUCAAUCCCGAAAUCGCUAACGAGAAUGCCGACCCAAACAAGGGAGAAAAUACCUCCAAACAAGACCCCAACAACAAGGCAUCGGUUGAACAACCUCCCGAUAUCCAACCUGCUCAACCUACUACUUCCUCUGCUGUCUCAGCCGACCAAAAGGCCCCACAAGCGGAAGAUAAGCCAGCGCCCAAAAAGCGCGGACGCAAGCGAAAGCAACCGGUCGAUCAAGAGGAAGUAUCCAAAACCACAGAUACAGAUACUACGGAGCCCGCAAACGCAGGCGCCCAAACCCCCGGUUCCAAACUCGCCGUUCUCGUCGAUAACAGUCCCAAGUCUGCAUCAGAGACUGACGCCCAGGCCAACGUGCCAGCCAAAGAACCAACCCAAGACACCAUCCCUGCCCCUGCUCCGACUCUUUCAACUACGGCUUCAGUCGAGAGUCCUCAGACUCCAAGCAAGCCUGAUGCUGGACCUGUCAAUACCCCAAAGAACGCAAGAAAGGGCCUUGAAAAGCAUAGUCCCAUCUCGGCUCGGGGUGGGGUGCCUUACCGGGUGGGGUUGAGUAAGAGGGCGAGGAUUGCGCCGCUGCUUAAGAUGGUGCGGAAGUAG